AUGGCCGGACGACGACGCCUUCGCUCAGGCUCGACAUCCACAGUCGCAACCGUUGAUGAGCAAUCAAUCAAAUAUAUAACAGAAAACCAGAUCGUGCGACCUCCUGCUGCUGGCACGCAACCGAAUGAUUGGCCAUGUUUCUUGUUAACAGAAGCGGCUGUGUACAACAAGGAUGGGCAUAUGGCCAAUUUGCUCGAGGUUGAUCUCGAGGGGCCGUUCAUGAUUCGCGGCAUCAUGGUUGUUGAACCGGAUCAAGGCAGCAACUUGAACAGAGGCUUCCAAAGAACUCGAUCCAUUUGGGUCGAAAUAUCUAGGACAUACACCUACUCAAUCGGUCUCAAGGAAGAUUCAGGAACGCCUGUCCUUUGGGCUGCCGGCCAAUGUGCCCAUUUCGAGAUCAUCCCAUCCGAACGAUAUGCGCCCAUUGCCAACAUCAUGUUUCAGGGCAUCGUUAUGCACUACAGCGUACUGGAUUUAUACGAGGCUGAGCUAGAAGACAUGCAAGAGCAGGCGCAAAAGGAUCCCAAGCUAAAGAGGCGUACGUUCCGACUGUCAGAUGUGAAGCUACCUCUCGAAGAUGUGCUUUACAAAUAUGCUGCUGCCGUCGGCGACGGAUCCACAUUGGAGGAAGUGACCCAGAGAUGUAGAGAUCAAGCCGGCUUCCUACUUGCUCAGUUUCCCAAGGGGACGGGUUUUCACACUUGGCUGAGCGGCGAGUUCCCUGACAUUACGCAAAGAUUGAGGAGGAAGCCCAGUCCAUCUGCAAACAUCACAUUUACAGCACCAGAGGUACCGGCACCAAAGCCAGCCUCCAUUCGGCAAAAAUCAAGCUCUGCAGAUAUCCGUGGCUCCCGAGGUAACCCGAAAGCUGUUUCAAGAGACUCUGCUCCGAGAAGGACAAGAGCUGGUACAGCAAGCAGGAGCGAACCUGUUGACUCGGGAAGCGAAGAGCCUCGUGGAGCACGUAUUCGUUCAUCCAAGGCCCACCAAACGCCCCCAGAACCCGUUGACGAAGUACCCGAGCUGAUGGAAGUCGACCAGCAUGACUUUGGUCACAAGUCAAUAACGCUUCCAGCACGGGCAAAGAGUGAGGCCACUGUAUCUACUAGUGAACCACAAGACACUGCUUUGAAUGCACUUCUCGAGGUACUAGACGAGCAAAAGAAACAUCCAAAUUCAAUGACUCCCGCCAACUGGCAGACCAAAAUCUAUACUUCUCUGAGCAUCUCGGAUUACGCGGCCAAGGCUGAAGUUUUGCAAUAUCAUGCUGCUGACUUGGUCAACCACCUCGGUCCAGAGUGGCACGAGAGUGAGCUCUAUAAAUGGUGUAAGCAGAAUGGACGUAGAAAGCCAAAAUACGACCACAUCUCGGAGGAGCAGAUUUUGCGCAUUCGAAAGCGGCAAAAGAAGCCCGCCGCAAAGGCACCACAACCUGUCAAAAGCACGCCUAUUGAGACUGGCGGUAAACGACCGCCAAGAGGUCGCCCAAGCGGCAAGGCAGCCGGUCUGCGUCCUUCGUUGGGUGGAAAGAAACGGCCUAGAAGCCAGGAGUUUGAUGAGGAUGAUACGGACAUGGACGAUCUGGUACUGCCGCAGAAGAAGACGGCCAAAACAUCUCAAUUCUUCGCAAAUGGAGAGGACGAUGCGAAUUCUUCGGAUGAUGAAGACCAAAGCGACUCAGCCCGAGAACCACUUACCCGUGUCAUCAUUCAGGCUGAGCCUCUACCCUCAAUAGAUCCCACGGGCCCUAAUCACACAUGGAUAUGCGAGGAGCCUGAUUGCGACUACAUUGUCCGAAGCGCUGAAGAUGCAGAGGGCCAGGAGCUCAUUUCUCAACAUUACGACGAACACCAAAGAGAGGCUAGCGAUGAGAUGAAGGAAAGAGAACUCAGUAAGGUCAAUUUGGCCAUGCAGGAAAGUCGAGGUCAUCUACCGAUCAAUCACCUGCUGGACAAGAUCCGCAAAGCCAACACUGGGAAAAGCUCGGCGAUCAAUGGUCGCCCGGUUCCUCAGCCGAUCAAAAAGUCUCUGCUCAUAUGA